AUGAUUUCAACCUUCACUGAAAAACAGGGAAGAGAUACACAAAUAAUUAACACAAAGCUACAGGAGAUUCAACAAUCAAACAUAAACAUAGAAUGUUCGAUUACAUUUCUUACUGCACAAAAUGAGGAGCUGCGAGUUAAAAUUGCCCAGCUUGAAACUCAGGCAAGAGAUGAUAAUAAAUAUAUCACUAUCCUAGAAAAUAAGAUCGAAGACCUGCAAACGGGAAGCCGAAAGAGUAAUUUGGUGAUAAAAAACGUACCUAGGAAAAAGAGUGAGACUAAAGAAGAUCUUAUGGAGAUGACCAUGUGUCUUUUCCAUAACCUGGAAUGCACUAUCAACAAGUAUGAUAUAAAGGACAUUUACAGAGUACGCGGAAAGACAGCUGACAAACAAAACACGCCUAUUGUCGUAGAAACAGGCUCCACAAUCCUGAAGACCGAGAUUCUGAAAAUGGCAAAGUCAUUUAAUCUAAAACACAAAAACAAACUAUCCUGUAAACACAUGGGCUUUAAAACUCAGGAAGACACACCAGUUUUUAUAGCAGAACAUCUGACUGCUAAAGGCUCCCGUCUCCACUUUUUGGCACGUGAACUAACCAAGUCUGGAAAACACAAGUUUUGCUGGACAGCCUACGGCAAAGUUUAUACUAAGAAGGACGAAAAUUCGCCAACUAUAGUUAUAAGAAGCGAGGAACAGGUACACAAACUUUUACUGGAACAAUGA